UCUUUCAAUGUAGCUAUUGUCUGGGCGCGGUUUCAUCAAACGCAAUUUGAGUCCGGGGCUGGUCUGCCUGCGUUUCUUUUCCUUCCUAAACUUAUUUUAAUCGCGGAUUUACGCACAGAUGUUUUAGAUACCGCUGAUCGUUACCAUUACGCGCGACUCGUCUGCUCUUCAACAACGGGUUUUGGCUGAGCAACAGUAAAGUUGUGGUGAUCUUCCUCUUGCCAGCCUAUGCCCCAGCUCGUCAACCAACCUAAAGGAAUAAAUAAGUCAAGGAAUAAGAGCAGAUACUGUUUUUGCACCAUCCGACGGGGGACACAAUAACAACAGGUUACCAAUAGCCGUGCGAUGGAAGCCGUUGCGAAGUACGAUUUUAAAGCAACUGCGGACGAUGAACUAAGUUUCAAGCGCGGGGAUAUACUCAAGGUUUUAAAUGAAGAAUGUGACCAGAACUGGUACAAGGCAGAGGUCAAUGGAAGAGAAGGCUUCAUCCCAAAGAACUAUAUCGAGAUGAAGCCCCAUCCGUGGUUUUACGGCAAAAUCCCGCGGGCAAAGGCGGAGGAGAUGCUCAACAAGCAGCGUCAGGACGGGGCCUUCCUCAUCCGCGAGAGCGAGAGCACACCAGGAGACUUCAGCCUCUCCGUCAAGUUUGGCAAUGACGUGCAGCACUUCAAGGUCUUGCGAGACGGCGCUGGCAAGUACUUCCUGUGGGUCGUCAAGUUCAACUCCCUGAACUCCCUGGUGGACUACCAUCGCACCAGCUCCGUGUCGCGGAACCAGACCAUCUUCCUCAAAGACAUCGAGCAGGUCCCUCAGCAUUCGACGUACGUCCAGGCGCUGUUUGACUUUGACCCUCAGGAGGAGGGCGAGCUGGGUUUCCGCCGGGGCGACUUCAUCCAGGUCCUGGACAACUCGGACCCCAACUGGUGGAAAGGAGCGUACCACGGCCAGACGGGCAUGUUCCCGCGCAACUACGUCACGCCCGUGAACCAGAACAUGUAAAAAUAGACAGAGAGAUGAGAGACGGCGAGACGUUUCGCUCUUGACACUCACAGACAAAAAAAAACGCAAACCAAAUCAAGAACUGGAGCGUUCGUCCAGACUCUGAGGCCGCCCACUAGCUACCAAAACAGAACUUCUUGCAGGGCUUGCCAUGGAUGGAAGAACAUGGGAGAAGGUUGGACCAGAGCUGACUUGCUUACACACAGGGUUUCCGAACCCUUGCUUGUAUAGCCAAGCGGAAAAAAGGUGGGAAAAAAAGAUGGAAAAGGGUGGUGAUCUCCAUGCCAGGUCACGGAAACUGAGGUGGUGGAGGAAGGAGGAGAAGAAGGAGGCUUUGUGGUGGAUCUCCUCCGGCUAUCUUCUUCUCUUGUUACUGCUUCAGCACCUCCUCACCACACUCCUCUUGCCAUGUUCCUGUGAUAUCAAAUGCUGUUCGAUGAGCUGUUCUUUUUUCUUUUUUUUGUUGUUGCUUUUUUAAGUAGUAGUUUUAGUAGGAAUCAGGAUCUCUUUCUUCUGGACCUGGUAUGCUCUGUCUGUCUUGUUUUCCAUGUAGCUGAUUGGAUGUCGUAUGGGACUCCUGGGGGGGAAAGCAAGCAGUGUUUCUGUCUGUAAGAUCUUACGUGUAUAGGAGGUUGUACAUUUUACAUGCACCACCUUGUCUGUAUCUGUGUUUCUUGGUCUUGGUGGGAAGAAUUAAGUUAAAAAAAACCAUGACAUGUCAUGAAAUCAUAGGACUGCGAGAGAGAGCGUGCUUGCUUACAAUUCCCUUUAUCUUUUGAAAAACACUAUUAAAAAAAUGUGGUCAAUGCUGAACGCUGACUAUGUGUUUAGGAAAAAAAAAGAGGGCUCAUUGACUUCAUGUACAUAUCCAGCCUCUAAGUGCAAGGACUUCACUUUCCUUUUUUUGGCUUCAUUGUUUGACUUUGUAAUAAUAAAGGAUACUCUGUUAUGUUGACGUAACGAUAAUCAACCAUGACACGCUUUGAUGUUGAACCAUGUCUGUAAUUAUUAACCUAUGUAUUUCAAAUGGUCAUAUGUUACUGUUGGCACAGUUUGUUAAAGCGUAAACAAACAUCUUCUAUUAGAGUAAGAUACUUCAAGCCUGUGCAUUUCCUGGAUCCAUGUGAUGUCAGGUGAGGGCCCCUUUAGGACACCUUCGGUUAGGAGACCUUUGAAGUCUCACGUUUGAGAGUGAAUGGAGUUCCCUUGGCACUGUAGAUGGCAGUAGCGCACAUGUCAUGCAAGCCAUCACCUAAUGCCACAGAAAGACAAGAAGGAGGGGACAACGCUCCCUUAGGAGAGCAAAUUUGAGCACACUCCUUUGCAUUGGAUGGGCGGAGUUUGGGUUAUCUUACUUUAAUAGAAGAUGUUUGGCGUAGGUGUUUGCAGCAGAACACUCUUGACUGCUUUCUCAGUGCCUUUCCGACUUAAGAUAAUCAUGAGCCAGUGGAGUAUUGCAAGAAGGUGGUUCAGUGGCUACUAGGUUUAAGUUAACCUGGAGGUAGUGGUAAAUCAUCUAAUAAACGAGCCUGGAGUGUUCUUUUUCUUACCUAAAUUACUCCUGCAGGCUAACUAUUAGCAGGUUCACCACUUGCUACGGGUUAACCUAAGGUUUGUCACUUGGCCUCAGAACUGGUCUUUGUGAGAAACACAAUCUACUGUAUGUUGAUGGGCAUCAAUCACCAACAUUUCAAGUCUCAAGAGGGAGGACAAAUUGAGUAUUGUUUGUUGUUAAAAUGCAAUUCAGCCUAAUGUGUUUGGAGAUGUGAGGCACCUUGAUGUUGGUGUUUCAUACCGGUAAAUAAAUAAGUGUUGUGAAUAUGAUUAAUCUCCAUUCAUAGAACCUGUCUUGCUAGAUCACACAUUUUGGGGGAUUCAGUGGCUGGUUUCAUUGUAAUUUAUGUUUUCCUUUACAAUUUAUAGGAAAUUGUACUUAGACACAUGUACUGUUUUUAAUGUUUCUGUUGCUUUU